AGAACCUGUCACCAGCUCUCCUUCAGAUCAUUCCCCCAACCUCAAAGAGCAAUGGCUCUAUCGUCUCUCUUUUCCCUUAUUUCAACCUUUGUCUUCCUCGCGUUGCCUCCAUCAUCUUUGGUGGUUCUUGCCCAACAACCUUAUGUGGCCUUGACCACAACAGAUUGCAACUCCAACGACAACUCCUCCUCAGAAUUCGGGUACACCUGCAAUGGCCUCAACAGAAGCUGCCAAUCCUACCUCAUCUUCCGAUCCCGAUCCCCUUACAACACGGUCUCGACUAUCUCGGUUCUCUUCGCCUCGAGUGCGUCUCAAGUCUCAUCGAUAAACUCGGUCUCUGAAUCCGCAAGCUUCAGUACCGAUCAAUUGGUGAUAGUCCCCAUCACUUGCUCAUGUUCAGGUCAGUACUAUCAAGAGAAUGCCAGUUAUGUUGUCCAAUCAGGAGAUAUUUACCUUUCCAUUGCCAACAACACUUAUCAAGCCCUCUCAACAUGCCAAGCUCUCCAGAAUGUGAACAACAUUAGUGCUUCUAAUUUGUCUACUGGGGCAACAAUUACUGUCCCUGUUAGGUGUGCUUGUCCAACAAAAAAUCAGAGUGAUGCGGGUAUAAAUUAUCUCUUGACUUAUGCUUCUGUGCCUGGCGAUACCAUUUCUGAUGUGAGCGCGAGAUUCGGAGUGAAUGUCACGGCCACUUUCGAAGCUAAUGAACUAUCUGCACCGGACACCUUCUAUGCUUUCACCACACUCCUCAUACCAAUGGAAAAUCCGCCCACGAGUUCUCAGACAACGUCACCAUCUCCUCCUCCACCGCCGCCAUCGCCGCCUUCUAUUGUUACAUCUCCCCCAGGAAAAAGUUCGAACACAUGGGUUUAUGUCACUAUCGGUGUUCUUGGUGGAAUUGCUGUGAUUGCAGUGGUAAGCGCAGUCAUUUUCUUUAAGUUCUUCAGAGGAAGGACUAGGAAAGAGAAAAUCGACUCGACCAUGGUCUCGGAUAGCUUCAAGGCAUUUGGAAAGCCAAACAAUAAGAAGUUGGAUGAGGACUCUCUGGAUUUCCUUGAUAGCAUAUCCAGCGUUGCGCAGUCCAUGCAGGUGUAUACCUAUAAAGAACUGCAAGCGGCAACAGAAAACUUCAGUUCUAGCUGUUUGAUCAAGGGGUCGGUCUACCAUGGCAAAAUCAAUGGAGAUUCCGCAGCGAUCAAGAAAAUGAACGGUGAUGUGUCAAGGGAAGUGGAAACACUGAACAAGAUCAACCACUCCAAUCUUAUACGCCUCUCAGGUAUAUGCUUCGAUGAGGGGCAUUGGUACUUCGUCUAUGAAUAUGCAGUGAACGGAUCCUUGAGCGAGUGGAUUUACCAAAAUAACAGCGAAGGAAGAUUCUUAACAUGGAUGCAGAGGAUGCAAAUCGCUCUGGAUGUGGCCACCGGGCUUAACUACCUCCAUCGCUUCACAACCCCACCUCUCGUCCACAAGAACAUCCAGAGUAGCAACAUUCUCCUUGAUAGCGACUUUAGGGCCAAGAUAGCAAGUCUCGGACUCGCUAGAUCGGCAGAAGGAGAGGAUGGAGAAUUCGCCUUGACACGGCACAUCGUUGGGACGAAAGGUUAUAUGUCUCCCGAGUACAUGGAGAACGGUUUGAUCUCUGUGAACUUAGACGUCUAUGCGUUCGGCAUUCUCUUGCUGGAAAUGAUGACUGGGAAAGAGAUUAUUUUGUUGUGUGGAGGAGAGAAUAUGCAGGCGUAUGAUGUUGUGACUUUGGUGCUUACCGAGGAUGGUGGCCAUGAGAGGCUGAUGCAGUUUAUUGAUCCUUCGAUGAGAGAGACGUACCCGUUGGACCUUGCCAUUUACGUUAUCAGAAUAAUUGAGAGUUGCCUGAAGAAAAAUCCGCUGGAGCGCCCUGCCAUGGGUGAGAUCGAGCAGUCUCUAUCGAAGGUCUUCACAGCGUCAUUGGCCUGGGAACACUAGAACUUCCUCCUGAGGUCGCCGAGUUUCUGCCUUUCUUCGGUCUGUAAUUAGAUUAGCACCGAGACUCACUGAUACAGACACACUAUAUAUUCGUUUCUUCUGUUCUCAUGCUGAAUACAACAUCCUAUUUUAUGUAUAUCUAGCGAAACAGCAAAAGAGACGAUUCAUCGCAAUACCUCUGUCUUGUUGUGACAGGAACAGCUUUCGAUAUGUUGCAUAUGUGUAGAAAAGAUUCGCACGAAAAUUUGUGGUCGAA